AUGGAACGCCCACUAGCUGUCAGCCAGAAUUCCAAGCCACUAGCGCCUUCCUUCAUGGUCUCGGCACCUGGCAAAGUAAUUGUCUACGGAGAACACGCUGUCGUAUACGGCAAGGCUGCCAUCGCGGCAUCAAUCUCCCUCCGCACUUAUCUACUCGUGACUUUCCCUCCCAAGUCAAACCGCAUCAUCUCCCUACACUCUCCAGACGUCGACCUCAAUCACACCUGGAACAUCGACGACCUGCCGUGGCACGACUUUUCUGAAGCAAACCAGAAGAACCAGUCCCUGGACCCGGGACUCGUCGAAGCUCUCCAGCCGCAUAUUGCAGCUGUCUCCUCCAGCCGGCCCGAGAGUACACGCAGAACUCACCGGGCCUCAGCCUUCGCAUUUCUCUAUCUUCUUCUAUCGCUUGGCUCGCAUGAUUUGGACCCCUGCAUCUACGCUGUCCGCUCAACAAUACCCAUCGGCGCAGGCUUGGGAAGCAGUGCAAGCUUGGCUGUAUGCAUGGCUACUGCAUUGUUGCUCCAGACCGGAGCGCUGAGCAUUCCACAUCAGCGCCAGAAUACACACGAAUCAGUGCUACAAAUCGACCGCAUAAGCAGGUGGGCGUUCGUCGCGGAGAUGUGCAUCCACGGCAACCCGUCAGGAGUGGACAACACCGUCUGCAGCGGCGGCAAGGCCGUCAUGUUCCAACGGAACCCCCCCGACUCGGCCGUGGUCACGCCGCUGCGCCGCUUCCCGGAGCUCCCCCUGCUGGUGGUGAACACGCGGGAGCCCCGCAGCGCGACGGACGAGAUCAACAAGGUGAAAGGCCUCCGGAACAGCCACCCCGCCGUCGCGGACCGCGUGCUGAGCGCCAUCCAUGCCACCACCGAGUCCGCAUACCAGCUCAUCUCCGCGCCGGACUUCGAGCCCACGAGUCCGGCGGCACUGCGGCAUCUGGGCGACCUCGUCGCCAUCAACAACGGCCUGCUGGUGUCACUCGGCGUGUCGCAUCCGAAGCUCGAGCGCACCCGCGCGCUCGUCGACCGCCUUGGCGUCGGCUGGACGAAGCUUACCGGUGCCGGCGGUGGAGGCUGCGCCAUCGUCUUGCUCAAGAAACAACACGUCCCGGCUGGCGUUGCGGACGAGCCUGGCGCUGCGGAGUCGAGGUCGGCCGCGCAGGAGCUACUAGACUUGGAGAGGAUGCUGGCGGAUGAGGGGCUCGAGAUGCUUGAAACAAAGCUCGCAGGUGAUGGCGUUGGGGUGCUGUGGCCGGCUGUGUCCGGUGCGGAGGGCGGGGUGGAAAUUGAUCAGAAAAGGUUCUUGGGAUCGAAGGGCAAAGAGGCUGUUGAGAACCUGGUCGGCAUCAAUGUGGCGGGACAAAGCAAUGGCUGGAGAUUCUGGAGACGGUGA